UCCGCGAGAUCCAACCCCACCUCGGUGCAGGAGCACAUGCUAAAGCUCUUCGACAAUGCAGCGGCGCUUACUUUUGACCGCGCCGGCGCCAAGGUCCUCGGGAUGGUGUCCUCAGAGAAGGAGUCCUUCACCUUCGACUCACAGCGCCUGGCCGAGGGCGCGGUGGAGACCUGGCUGUCGGGCAUCGAGGAGGAGAUGAUUGCGACCCUCCGGAGGCAGACGAAGGUCGCCACCUACACCUACCCAAAGACGGACCGCAUCGAGUGGCUCAAGGCGGAGCUUGGCAUGGUGGUGAACACGGGCGCGCAGAUAUGGUGGACCUUCGAGACACACGACGUCUUUGACGCGGUCCGCAAGGGCGACAAAAUGGGGAUGAAGAAUUUCGCGGCGAAGAACCACGCGCAGCUCAACGAGCUCAUCGUUGCAAUCCGCGAUCCCAAGCUCACGAGGCAGGCGACGAAGCGCAUCAACACGCUCGUGAUCAUCGACGUCCACGCGCGCGACAUCAUCGACACCUUUGUCCGCGACUCCGUCCUCGACGAGCGCGAAUUUGCGUGGGAGUCGCAGCUGCGCUUCUACUGGGAUCACGAUGUCCUCAUCCGCCAGUGCUCGGGCGAUUUCCGCUUCGGCUACGAGUACCAGGGCCUCAAUGGGCGGCUCGUCAUCACACCGCUGACAGAUCGCUGCUAUAUGACGUGCACUCAGGCCCUGCACUACCGCCUCGGCUGCGCGCCGGCUGGGCCCGCCGGCACCGGCAAGACCGAGACGGUCAAGGACCUGUCCAAGGCGAUGGCGCUGCAGUGCAAGGUCUUCUGCUGCGGCGAGGGCCUCGACUUCAAAGCUAUGGGCUCCAUCUUCUCCGGCCUCGUGCAGACGGGCGCGUGGGGCUGCUUCGACGAGUUCAACCGGAUUCCGGUCGAGGUGCUCUCGGUGGUGUCCGCACAGAUCAAGACCAUCCAGACGGCCCUCGCUGACGGCGUUGGGCGCUUCGCCUUUGAGGGGCGCGAGAUUGGGCUGGUGCCUACGAUCGGCAUCUUCAUCACGAUGAACCCCGGCUACGCCGGCCGCACCGAGCUGCCCGACAACCUCAAGGCGCUCUUUCGCCCGGUGGUGAUGGUGACGCCCGACCUCGAGUCCGUCGCCGGCGUCUUUUUG